AACCAGAGAGAACAGACAAGCCAGCCUUGCUUUUUGGGUUCCUCUCGCCCAAUCAUCUCGACUUGCGUCCCUUCCCUCGCUCUCCCCCCACUUCGCAUUUCGGCCAAAAGAGUGAUCUUUCGUGCUUUUCAUCGACUCUCGUUUUUGGGUUUCCUAGGGCUUUUUGGGAGGACGUGGGUGAAGGGCCCUUGCGAGUGUUGGGUUCGUUGAGGAGUGAUAGUGAUGGAUAACAAUGACUGGAGGCCGACGCCGCCGGCCGGAGUGGGAGGCGGGGGCACUGAAGCUGCGCUCGACGGGGGCGAUUGGAGGGCUCAGUUGCCGCUCGAAUCGCGGGAUAGGAUCGUCAACAAGAUAAUGGAGACCUUGAAGAGACACCUUCCUGUUUCUGGUCCAGAGGGUUUGCAAGAACUCAAGAAAAUUGCCGUGCGAUUUGAGGAAAAAAUUUACACUGCUGCAACAAGCCAGUCCGAUUAUUUAAGGAAGAUAUCUUUGAAGAUGCUGACAAUGGAGACAGAGUCUGAGAAUACCAUACCUAAUGCUUUGCCAUCUAACCCUGCUGGGAAUAGCAGUAAUGACCCGGAUGCUACAGACACAGCAGCUUAAGCAACAAUAUCAGCAACCUCAAAUGCAGCAGCAACUCAAACAACAGCUUCUGCAGCAGCAGCUACAGCAGGCUAAGCAGCAGCUUCCUUUGCAACUGCAGACUCAUCAAAGGCGUUCCAACAUCCAACUCCGGAAUGCAGCUUGGGCGCUGCUGUUAUUAGUAGUUGUCAUCUACUAUAUUAAAGUUUUUCUUCUUUCUUAGUGUAGAAAUUGAUAGAGGACAGAAGAGGAGAGCAUACAAACUGAUUAAUGUUUGCCACUCGCACUUUUAUUAUUAGUUUAAUAAGAAUUAGGGUCGAAUGAUAAACAUUCUGUUUCAGAAAUUUAUUUCUGGCCGUUUCGGUGGUAUUUGAUAA